AUGUUUACGCAGAAGAACAGAAACAACCUCCUCCAUGAUGGCGUUGCCCGCCUCAGCGGCUGCUUCGGCACGCUGCCGGGCAAUUUGAACUGCCAUCGCGUUUUCACGCUCGGCUCUAGCAGCCAAGACCUCUGGAGCAACAUUAAUAUUAGCAACGCCUGCUCUGAGCUCAACAGGAGUGUCACGAGCAAGCUUUGGCAAAAAGGCUGCUUGGGUCGUCUGGGCUUCAUGGUCAACGCAUUGUCACCCUCGGCGGCUGGCCUCGGUGCGGGGAGCGCGGCUGGAGCCGGCGCGGCGGCAGGGCCGGGCCCCGGGAGCACGGCAGCUGACGGCCUGGCGCUCGUGGGAAGGGAACCGAUCCUCAGGGGAAUGAUUGGGGUUUGGCUGAAUGCUUAUGGCAUUAAGAUGGGUGAGGCCAAUUCGAGGCUCGUCUGCCCCCCGCUAUGGAAGCAAGAAAAGAAGCGGGCCUUUGUCGGGGGUGCAGAGGCAGUUGCCGGGGGUGCUGGCCUCUAUAUCGGAAGGGCAGCAGCGAGGCCGUCGCGCGGUAGGGCGGGUGUGGCGCGAACCUUUCGUAUCAGUACGGUACUUUACCGUGUCGCUAGCGCGCCACAAGCGCAAGCCAUGGACCAGGAGGCCCAGGAGGCCCAGCUGAUUGUCCAUCUUUCAGAAGCAUUUAAUAAGGACGAGGUGUGGCAGCUGGCCGCUGCAGAAGCAUUGAGCAAGGCCACGAAUCUGGAACGUGUGCUAAUUCGCGGUAGCACAGCGGCCAAACAGCUGAAGCUCGUGGAUGUGCUUAUCCGUAAAACCUCGGCGGCUGGCCUCGGUGCGGGGAGCGCGGCUGGAGCCGUGGCUUUGGCGGACCUUCAGAGGAAGGUCAGCAAGAUGGAGUCAGUUAUGCCGUUCCUAGUUUCAAAGGUGCUCUUGUGGCGUGACGGCUCCACUGCAACGCACAGCAAGAAGGAGAAAGACUUCAAGACAUCUGCACUGAAGUCGCAGCUGCAGUGUGCAGGGGUGAAGGGCUGCCAGCUGCUGGGGGAAGGCAUCCCCCCAAACUGCGUCAGCCUUGCGCACCUGUGCAAGCUGUCUUGGGCGGAUGGCACAUGCCGCCUGCUGGGCUUGUCCAAGGAGGACGUCUCAUCACCACGCAACGCGCUGCUGCUGUCCGAGCGCGUGCCCACCAGCGACUAUCAUGCACUCCAGCGAGUCCCGCCCGCGCUGCAGCCCAACUCUCAAGCGUGUGGAACCGUGUGCGCCCAUAGCCAGCUUAUGGAAACCGGACGCAGCUUCCCAGACGCGUGCGCGCUGAACUGCCAGCUCCCACUCGCGCGCCUGCCGACUAUCACCAACUGCCCGUGUGCACCACUACAGUCCGGUAGCUUCCGAGCUGGGCCGCCGUACAACUACCUGCUCACACUCGCGCAGCUGCCGACUGCCACGCUACCGCCUGUACGGCAUCUGACGCGCCCUUGGGUUGCGGCGUGUCCCUCGUCUGAGGCUCGCCAUCAUGCACCCACGAGGCCCUUCGCUGCCACCGCCGUGUUGGGAACAUGGUGA